UAGAGAACAGCGGAUUCAUUCAGAGGAAAGUAAAAGAAGACGAAUUUACCACAACAAAGGAUUUAUGUUCGACUUCAUCUGGCACGGAAAAUUCUACACUAUUGAUGCUGCAAGGGAUGAUGGCACUCUUGGCAGACUGGUUAACGAUGACCACAUUAACCCCAACUGCAAAAUGAGGAGAAUCAUUGUGGAAGGAAGACCCCAUUUGUGCCUUUUUGCUUUACGAGACACACCACCCGGAGAGGAGAUCUCAUAUAAUUAUGGAGAUGCUGAUUGUCCCUGGAGGAGUAAAGUGACAAAAAGUGGCGUGGAAGUCGACACUAAGUGUCUGAAGUCAGAACUUGCAUCUGAGGAUAAUCCCCAUUGCACCCAGCACAUACAGGAUGAGCCAACUUUCUCCACAAAGGUGACAAAAAGUGGCGUGGAAGUCGACACUAAGUGUCUGGAGCCAGAACGUGCAUCUGAGGAUAAUCCCCAUUGCACCCAGCACAUACAGGAUGAGCCAACUUUCUCCAAAAAGGUGACAAAAAGUGGCGUGGAAGUCGACACUAAGUGUCUGGAGCCAGAACGUGCGUCUGAGGAUAAUCCCCAUUGCACCCAGCACAUACAGGAUGAGCCAACUUUCUCCACAAAGGUGACAAAAAGUGGCGUGGAAGUCGACACUAAGUGUCUGGAGCCAGAACGUGCGUCUGAGGAUAAUCCCCAUUGCACCCAGCACAUACAGGAUGAGCCAACUUUCUCCACAAAGGUGACAAAAAGUGGCGUGGAAGUCGACACUAAGUGUCUGGAGCCAGAACGUGCGUCUGAGGAUAAUCCCCAUUGCACCCAGCACAUACAGGAUGAGCCAACUUUCUCCAAAAAGGUGACAAAAAGUGGCGUGGAAGUCGACACUAAGUGUCUGGAGCCAGAACGUGCGUCUGAGGAUAAUCCCCAUUGCACCCAGCACAUACAGGAUGAGCCAACUUUCUCCACAAAGGUGACAAAAAGUGGCGUGGAAGUCGACACUAAGUGUCUGGAGCCAGAACGUGCGUCUGAGGAUAAUCCCCAUUGCACCCAGCACAUACAGGAUGAGCCAACUUUCUCCCAAAAGGUGCCAGAUGAAAUCUUUGCUGGUGACCAGUAUGAUAUGCAUGAAUCACAAGUGGAAAUGAGCACUUUUCAGGUGUUAAGAAAAAAAGGAGGUUAAGAAAAAAACAAGGGAGACCAGUGAAGUAAACGAAGUUGAAAAGCAUCUGUCCAGGUUCAUCAAAACUUGCACAGUACCAGGAAAAAGCCAUUGUGAGGCUUGCAUACAAGCUGAACCUGUUGCAUUGAAAGACUGGGAUUGGUUGUCUAAGUUCUUUAUAAACAACUGCUCUCAAAAGGAAGAUGUAAUUCAGAAAAUAUUUGCAUGGUUUUAUUUUGUUUUAUACACACACAUCGGUGGCAAUUUUUUUUUUAUAAAAUGACCAUUAAUUUAAUUUUAUUGUACCACUAUAAUGUACAUUUAACAUUUUUUAUGUGACUGAAACUUUUAAGUUUUAAUAAUUGCACUGAAACGGAAGUACUUAUGAUAUGUGGAAAAAUACUGCAUUGCUAAUGGCAACAACUGUUAAAAAUAAGAAAUAAAUAAGGACUGUUGUUGUU